AUGUCUCAUACAAUAAAUCUAACUGAUAUUUUUUUCGAAUGCUAUUUUAAUUUAAUAAAUUUUUUUUCGACUUAAAUAUUUCUGACAAUGGAAUUUUUCCAUAUUGAAAAGGCCAUAAGCAAAAUGACCAAUAUGAGAUAAGACAAAUUGUCUCAGGAAUAUUGAAAGCACCAGAUCUCGCUACAAAAUUGUCACUUUCGAGGCAAGGCUUUGAGCAAAUCAAAACAAAUAAGCUUCAGCUUGGCGAAAAAGUGGAAAAUGAAUGAGUUUUCCCUGAAAAUCUUGAGUUUAUUAACCCUUUUACAGCUAAACCAAAGCUAAAAAUCCCGCUUGAGCACAGCCUUCUUCAUUCAGCAGCUUAUAUUGAAUUGAUGGCAAUUUUUAUGUAUUGAGACACUCUUUCAAUUCCAGAUGCUCCCUAUGAAUUUUACCAUGAUUUUGCUCAAAUUGCCAGCGAAGAAUCGCAUCAUUUUGGCUUAAUUAUAACUAGGAUGGAAAGCUUAGGGUAUUCAUUUCCCUCAAUCCCAUGCAAUGACGCUCUUUAUUUUUACUCAAAGAAGACAUCAGCUGAUAUUUGUGCAAGAAUUGUGCUUACUUCUCUAUUUAGUGAAGGAAGAGCUUUGGAUUCUCAUGAUCGCCUUAUAAAUAAAUUGAAAAGCUCGAACACGGAUAAAACUUCGGCAUUGCUGUUGUCGAAAAUUAUUUCUGAAGAAGUUUCACAUGUAAAAAUUGGGCUUAAAUGAUUUCUUCAUUUUGCAGGGGAUAAUCCAAAAGAAGUAUAUAAAAGUGUCCUUUCAGCCUUUAAACUACAAAUUCGUCCACCUUUUAACACAAAAUUAAGAGAUGCCGCAGGUUUUCCACAGUCCUGGUAUCUCGAGUAA